AUGCUCAUCAAUUUUUGUACUGUUCAAUUUUGUCCUAUUUUUGAAUGUUCUCAAAUGCAACUUGAUGGUUAUCAUGCUGAAAAUCUAGCAAAAGAUUUUUCACAAAAUAAUGGCUUCCUAGCUGAUCCAUUACAACGUCUACCAAUCGAUAUUUAUAUUCGAUUUCCUUUUAAUAUUGAUAUAAAACAUAUUUAUAUGAGCCCAACAAUUGGACAUCAUCGUUCAACAUUAAUUGAAUUCAGUGUUAAUCAUCAGAUAAUCGAUGAAAAAACAUCUUGGCUAAUCAACUCUUCAAAUAAAUCAAAUAUUGUUAAUACAAAUCACAUAUCGUUUCAUAGAAUUGCUCAAAUUUUAAAUGAAGAUGAAACUACACGACGCAUUGAAAUUCAUGAUCAAGACAAUGAACAACAGCCAACAGAUCAUACAAUCAGAUAUCGGUUCUCAUCAAAUUUACAUUUAAUUAAUUGUAGUACAAUUAAAAUCACGAUUAAACGUAAAUGGCGUCUAUCUACGUGUGCUUUAAAAUAUCUUCAAAUCUGGGGUGUCUUAUCAAAUUCUAUUCCUAUUGAAUUAAAAAAUAAACUCCAACAAAUUAUUUCACCUCCUUCAAAAGAAUCGCCAUCCACCAAUAAUCGAAAUGCUUCUCCAUUGGAUGAAAUUCCUUCAGAUUUUCUUGAUUCAUUAACAUGUGAUCUAAUGCUAAUACCAAUGCUACUUCCCAGUGGUCAUCUUAUUGAUCGAACAACAUUAGAAAAAUGCAUCGCAGAAGAUAUACGUUGGUGUCGUUCACAACGAGAUCCAUUUACACUUGAAGCAUUUACUGAACUAACACAACCCGUUGUUGCACAACAAUUAAAAGUUCGUAUCGAUCAUUUUUUAAGUGAACAUCAAAAUGAUCCAAAAUAUCGUAAUCAUGAAAGAUUACUUGAUGCUAAUCGCCCUAUUCAGAAUGUCAAUUUAUUUUCUCAUAAAAGAAAAUCAAUCGAUGAUAAUGAUCAACAAACAAAAACGAAACGAUAA